AACAAAUGAGCGACGGAAAAGAUGGCAGCUGCAAACAUGUUUUGCCCGUGGAGGGGUUAGGUUGUCUGGGUAGCAGAAGAAACUAAGUUGAAAUUCGAGUUGAAAUACUGAUUUUUGUUGAAGAACUGAUCAAAAUGAGUUCCCGUCUUCUCAAAGUGUCACAGCAGGCUUAUGGCUUUUCAAACCUUCAGUCAACUCGCAGUGUCAUUAGAAUGUUGGGUUUGCCCCCGGAGAAAGGCCGAUCACUUAAAAAGAAAAUCGAAGACUACAAUCGAGUCGACCCUGAAGUAGCCCGGAAAGUUGACAUUGGAUUGCCAUCACCUCAUGGUAAUGCCAGAACAUUAGCUCUGGAACGAUCAAAGAUUCUGUCGAAGGUGAAAAACGAUCCCCAAAUGGAACGCCUGGCUAGAGAAUUGAAAUUGGAUGUUCCUCUUGAAAGUAUUGAAGAGGCAUGGAAAGAAUCAGGCCUUGCAAGUUCCCAUCUAAAAGUGAUAGCUGAGCAUUACAACAUUUACUCACAUCUGUUUGGUGAUGCAUUUUUCUAUCCCAGAGUGAUGCUAGACAUUGAGUAUGUGCAGAAAGAUGAUUCAGUAGUACCUGUCUAUCGAGGAAACAUUAUAAAACCAAGAGAGGCUUUGAUUGCACCUGAAGUAAAAUUUAAUGCUGAUAAGGACAGUUUAUGGACAUUGAUUCUUACAAAUCCUGAUGGUCACCUAUCUGAGGAGAAUGCAGAAUAUGUUCAUUGGUUUAUUGGAAAUAUUCCAGGUAACCAAGUAUCGAAAGGUGAAGUGGUGUUUGAUUAUAUUCCUCCUUUUCCCCCUGCUGGGACUGGAUUCCACCGUCUUGUGUUUGUAUUGUACAAACAGAAUGGAAAGAUAGAUUAUUCUAGUUUGAAAAGAACAUUACCAUGUACGGACCUCUCACAGCGAACUUUCAAAACCAUAGAUUUCUAUAGAGAGAGACAAGAUAAUAUUACCCCAGCAGGGCUUGGCUUUUACCAAACAGAUUAUGACUAUUCUGUCAAAAAAGUGUUUAAUGAAACUUUAGGUAUGAAGGAGCCCAGAUUUGAGUAUGAUUUCCCCGAACCUUAUAUUGCUGAGCAGAAAUGGUUUCCUAAUAAGGUUGCAUUCAAUGUGUACCUUGAUAGAUACCGAGAUCCCUGUGAAAUCAACAAAGAGUACAUUGUUGACAGGCUGAAAACAACUGACCCAUUCCUGAAAAACAAACCCAAGCUGAACUACCCUGGUGCUCAAUACUUCGGCCGUAAUACUCCUUCUUGGCUGAAGAGAAAGCUGUACUGGGAUAGCAUGGGAUGGGGUAGAAUAAACAAUUCCAAGUAGUGUUUUGAUUUGUUUGAGUCUUAUGUGUUUCUAAUUGUCUUUCGUUAAUGUUAAAUAAAAAACAAAGUACAUCCGAA